UCUGUCAGGUGAAACAUCAUCAUCAUCAUCAUCAUAUGACCAAAGGACUAGCAAAGCUCAGAAGCCGGCAGCAAAAAAUCUGAUCUACAAUGGCAGGGGGACGUGAACGUAUGGAGAAGUUGCCUAAAAUCAAAGAUGCAGAGAAAGAAGGUCAAUUUGGAUAUGUGUACGCCGUGUCAGGCCCAGUGGUGACUGCGGAGCGUAUGGCAGGCUCGGCCAUGUACGAGUUGGUACGAGUCGGGCACAGCGAGCUGGUGGGGGAAAUCAUCCGACUUGAGAACGACAUGGCCACUAUACAGGUGUACGAGGAGACUUCCGGUGUGACAGUGGGAGACCCCGUGCUGCGUACGGGGAAGCCGCUGUCCGUGGAACUCGGCCCGGGAAUCCUGGGUAACAUCUUCGACGGAAUCCAGCGACCCCUGAAGGACAUCUGUGACCUGACCCAGAGUAUCUACAUUCCCCGCGGCGUGAACACCCCAGCACUCAGCCGUACUGUCAAGUGGGACUUCAAACCUCAGGCUGGAGUUAAGGUUGGUAGCCACAUCACCGGAGGAGACAUCUACGGAAUUGUGCACGAGAACACGCUCAUCAAGCACAAGCUGCUGCUGCCGUCCAAGGCACACGGCACAGUCACCUACAUAGCAGAGCCAGGAAACUAUGACAUCAAUGACGUUGUGUUGGAGACAGAGUUUGACGGAGAGCGAGAGAAGUUCAGCAUGCUCCAGGUGUGGCCCGUACGACAGAUGCGCCCCGUGUCGGAGAAACUGGCCGCAAACUUCCCACUGCUGACCGGACAGAGGGUGCUGGACGCACUCUUCCCGUGCGUGCAGGGCGGGACCACUGCUAUCCCCGGUGCUUUUGGCUGUGGGAAGACCGUCAUCUCCCAGUCUGUCUCCAAGUACUCCAACAGUGACGUCAUCGUCUACGUGGGAUGUGGGGAGCGUGGAAACGAGAUGUCCGAGGUUCUGAGAGACUUCCCUGAGUUGUCUAUAGAGAUUGACGGCGUUGUGGAGUCCAUCAUGAAACGUACAGCGCUGGUGGCGAACACAUCCAACAUGCCGGUAGCCGCUCGAGAGGCCUCCAUCUACACAGGCAUCACCCUGUCUGAGUACUUCCGUGACAUGGGCUAUAACGUCUCCAUGAUGGCGGACUCCACCUCUCGAUGGGCCGAGGCGCUGCGUGAGAUCUCAGGACGUCUGGCUGAAAUGCCUGCAGACUCUGGUUACCCCGCCUACCUCGGCGCACGGCUGGCGUCAUUCUACGAGCGCGCCGGGCGGGUGAAGUGUUUAGGGAACCCGGAACGGGAGGGGAGCGUCAGCAUCAUUGGAGCUGUGUCCCCACCAGGAGGUGACUUCUCAGACCCUGUUACGUCGGCCACCCUGGGCAUCGUGCAGGUGUUCUGGGGCCUGGAUAAGAAGCUUGCCCAGAGGAAGCACUUCCCGUCUAUCAACUGGAUCAUCAGCCACAGCAAGUACAUGCGCGCCCUGGAGGAGUACUACGACAAACACUUCCCAGAGUUCGUGCCGCUACGGACCAAGUGUAAAGAGAUUCUACAGGAAGAGGAGGACUUGUCAGAGAUUGUGCAAUUGGUCGGCAAGGGUUCCCUUGCUGAGACAGACAAGAUCACGCUGGAGGUGGCCAGACUCAUCAAGGAUGACUUUCUACAGCAGAACGGCUACACUGCUUAUGACAGAUUCUGCCCAUUCUACAAGACGGUUGGGAUGAUUCAGAACCUGCUGGCGUUCUACGACAUGGCGAGACACGCCGUGGAGACGACCGCGCAGAGCGAGAACAAGAUCACCUGGGCCAUCAUCCGAGACAACAUGGGAGACAUCCUCUACAGGCUCAGCAGCAUGAAGUUCAAGGUGGGUGGUGUUUGUUUUGUUUUGGCCACACCAAUUUAAUUUAUUGUUUCUCUG